CAGAAAGUUGUAAUAAUUUAUUUAAAGCUUGUGGUUACUUCCUGUUCGUUCUAUUGGGAAACACGAAAAGAUAAAGCCCCAGAGUGGUGGGAAGCUUUUCUCGUUGUAAUCAUCAUAGCUAACAGUGGCGAUAAUCAAACUGGAGACAUAUUUUUGAGCGUAGAAGAAGAAGUCGGCGGAAGUGACAGGACCUACUUUCUUCAAUCUAUCUGAAAAUGGCGGCGUCCGUGUGCCGUGUCGGGAGCACUGUAGGUCGAGUCCUCGCCAGAGCCCGCAGCCCCCUCCUGCUGUCCUUGCGGCGUGGACAGGCAUCCGUUAACUUUGCCCAGUGCCUGCUGGGAGCCCCCGAGACCCAUCUCACCACCCUGGACAACGGUUUGAGGGUUGCUUCUGAGGACACUGGACAUGGCACUUGCACUGUUGGACUGUGGAUCAGCGCUGGCAGUCGCUAUGAGAGCGAGAAGAACAACGGAGCUGGCUUUUUUCUGGAGCACAUGGCUUUUAAGGGAACAAAGAAGUAUCCUCAAACAGCCCUGGAGCAGCAAGUGGAGUCUAUGGGGGCUCAUCUGAGUGCUUACACGUCCCGUGAGCAUACAGCAUAUUACAUGAAGACCCUUUCCAAAGAUCUGCCGAAAGCUGUGGAGCUGCUGUCGGAGGUCGUGCAGAGCUGCUCGCUCAACGAGGCAGACAUAGAGCAGCAGAGGGGCGUGGUGCUGCGGGAGCUGGAGGAAGUUGAGGGCAACUUGCAGGACGUCUGCCUGGACCUGCUGCAUGCCACAGCUUUCCAGGGGACUCCUCUGGGGCAAAGCGUCCUGGGCCCCUCUAGCAGUGCCAGGAGUCUGAGCCGCCAAGAUUUGGUGGAUUACAUCAACAGCCAUUACAAAGCUCCUCGCAUGGUGCUGGCUGCUGCUGGAGGCGUGAGCCACGAUGAGCUGGUUGGUUUGGCCAAGUCUCAUUUCAGCGGAGUGUCUUUCGAGUACGAGGGGGACGCCGUCCCCGUGUUGUCACCCUGCCGAUUUACUGGUAGCGAGAUCCGCAUGCGGGACGACGCUUUGCCUCUGGCACACAUUGCCAUUGCUGUGGAGGGUGCGAGUGCCGCCAGUCCAGACAUCGUUCCUCUCAUGGUGGCCAACGCCAUCAUCGGCAGCUAUGACCUCACCUUUGGCGGUGGAAAGCACCUGAGCAGCCGCCUGGCCCGCCUUGCAGUGGAGGAGAACCUCUGCCACAGCUUCCAGGCCUUCCACUCCUCCUACAGCGACACCGGCCUGCUGGGCAUUCACUUUGUGAGCGAUAGGCACAACAUCGACGACAUGAUGCACUGGUCCCAGAAUGCCUGGAUGAACCUGUGCACCACGGUCACGGAGAGCGAUGUGGCCCGAGGCAGAAACGCUUUGAAGGCCAGUCUGAUCGGACAGCUAAACGGAACUACUCCAAUCUGCGACGACAUCGGCAGACACAUCCUGAACUAUGGGCGGCGCAUUCCUCUUGCAGAGUGGAACUCCCGCAUCGACGCCGUGACUCCCAGACUGGUGCGGGACGUCUGCUCCAAGUACAUCUACGACAAGUGUCCAGCUGUGGCGGCUGUCGGCCCCGUCGAGCAGUUACCAGACUACAACAGGAUGCGCAGCGCCAUGUACUGGCUCCGGUUUUAGGGUGACCUGCCAGGUCGGCCCGUGUGUUUCAGGUCCGCUCUUCAGCCACAUCCCUCCCUCCAUCAGCGCGGCGAAAGUGACCUCCUGAGGACAGCUGUGUCGGUAGAACGUCAUGGGCAGCUGUCAGUCUUCUUCACUCAUCUACACGACAGCCUCAAUUCAGAACAGAACCAGUGUCCAACCAGAGUAUAUUUAUGAUUUCUAAAGCAUUUCUUUCUGUCCACUAUUGUACAUAACAGAAGCUGUCAUUCUGACACAAAUAAAAAAGAUUGGAAAUACA